GCAUUAUUCAAGGCAGCCAAGUGUCCGGAAGAGCAACUGGUGCGGGUUUAAUGGACAAGGAAGAGAUAUUUGUUUAGGUUUAGUCUGAAGAUCACGCAUACUCUUCUUUUGUCAAAUAGUCUGGCUCUUUUUAUAUCGUCAGUAUGCCUUUGUUUGCCCAAAAUCCAUUUGACCAAGAUGUCGAGAAGUCAACCAAUGAAAACAACACAACAGAUGACUGGGGGCUCAUUAUGGACAUCUGUGAUAAGAUUGGAACAACACCCAAUGGACCAAAGGACAGCUUGAGAUCCAUUAUGAAGAGAGUCAACCACAAAGUGCCUCAUGUUGCCAUGCAGGCCCUCAAUUUGCUGGGUGCAUGUGUGUCAAACUGCGGCAAAAUAUUCCACUUGGAAAUCUGCUCAAGGGAGUUUGCCAGUGAAGUUCGGAGUGUGCUGGGCAGGGCCCACCCUAAGGUGUGUGAAAAGCUAAAGGCUCUAAUGGUGGAGUGGGCAGAAGACUUCCAGAAGGAUCCACAACUGAGCCUGGUCAGUGCCACCAUCAAGACUCUGAAAGAGGAAGGCAUCACCUUCCCCUCCACAUCCUCACAGGGGUCCACCACUAAGGUCAGCACACCUGCUGUGAGCAAAGUAUCGGAUGAUGACAACCUUGCCAAAGCCAUUGAGCUGUCCUUGCAGGAGCAGAAGCAGCAGGUGGAGACACGGCCCCUGGCCUUGACUUCUGACCCCCCAAACUACACCAACGGUAGUGGGGGGGAGGAGGCCCGGAAGGUGCGGGCGCUGUACGACUUUGAAGCGGCUGAAGAUAAUGAGCUGACCUUCAAAGCUGGGGAACUUAUUCUGGUUUUGGAUGACAGUGAUCCCAACUGGUGGAAAGGAGAGAACCACAGAGGAGUGGGACUUUUUCCUUCCAACUUUGUCACAAAUAAUUUGAAUGCUGAGCCAGAGACAGUGGCUUUUGUUGAAAGGCCAACCAGUCCUGAAGAGACAAGCCUGGAAACCAAAGUUGAGCCUGAGCCCGUCUUCAUUGACGAGGGCAAGAUGGACAGAACACAGGCGCUGCUGCAGAAUGCAGAUCCUGCAGAUCCGGCUCCUGACUCUGCAGAGCUGAUCCAGCUGGAGGGUGCAUGUGAACAGAUGAACCCGAUGAUUGAUGAGAAGCUACAGGAGAUUGACAGGAAACACUCAGAGUUGUCGGAGCUAAAUUUGAAAGUUAUGGAGGCCCUGGAGCUUUACAACAAGCUAAUGAACGAGGCUCCAAUCUACUCGGCCUACUCCAAGAUGCAGACACAGUAUGCUCCAGCCGGCUCAGCUGUAGCCAUGCAGGUCAGAAAAAUGCACUCAAGUUGUCCUCUGUGCUGCCCAAAGUCUCACU